GGCAGUGAAGCUAACACGGGGAAGCUGCAGUUUAUCGGCCAAAGAUCAGCGUGUUGAUGCGGAGCCGUCGUUCCAAUCAUAUAUGUGAUGAUAGAACGGUUCUAUAGAGAAGGUCUGAGGCGAUUAUAAAUGCGAUUUAAGAGAGAGAAUCUGACUGUAUCACAAUUUCCAGUGGGGAACUCUGGGAAGAAGAAGGAGUCGGUGUCGCUGGAGUAAUGUCGGCCAAAGUAAACGCAAGUAAGAGCAAAGACUGCGGCGAAGUUAUCAAAAACUACCACAAGCAGGCGUUUGAAAACAUCUCGAAGGCUCUGCGGAUCGACGAGGAUGACACAGGUGAGAAGGAGGAGGCAGUGCAGUGGUACAAGAAAGGGAUCGCCGAGCUAGAGAAGGGGAUCGCUGUGGAGAUCACGCUACAAGCAGGAGAUCAGUAUGACCGGGCAAAGAGACUACAAGAUAAAAUGGUCAACAAUCUGACCAUGGCAAACGACAGGCUCGCUCUGUUAGAGGCAACGCUGGCGUCUAAAUGGAGAUAUGAACCCAAGAAGCCCUCUAAUCACGUGCUUCAACAGCCAAAGCCUGUUCCUAAAAGCCAGCCCGGAGUGUCCACUAACACCAGGCCCUCCGCUGCUGUCAGACCCCCGGCUAGAUCCACUGACACAAAGGUGACCCCACGGCCGGGGAGAGCUCAAAAUGGAAAACCCACGGCCGCGAAACAGCCACCAAAAAGGGAUUUGAAAAACUUUAAGAACGUGGACAGCAAACUGGCCAGCUUGAUUCUCAAUGAAAUUGUCGACCGCGGAGCGUCUGUAUCCUUCGAAGACAUCGCGGGACAGGAUCUGGCCAAGCAAGCGCUCCAAGAGAUCGUCAUCCUACCUGCCUUAAGACCAGAGCUCUUUACUGGCCUGAGAUCUCCAGCACGUGGUUUGCUUGUAUUUGGCCCACCUGGAAAUGGGAAAACCAUGUUGGCCAAAGCAGUCGCGGCUGAGUCAAAAGCCACAUUCUUCAACAUCAGCGCUGCCACUUUGACCUCUAAAUAUGUGGGAGAAGGCGAGAAGCUUGUUCGGGCACUUUUUGCAGUUGCCAGAGAAUUACAGCCCUCAGUCAUCUUUAUUGAUGAAGUGGACAGCUUGCUUUGUGAGCGGCGGGAGGGAGAACACGAUGCCUCUCGUCGAUUAAAGACCGAGUUCCUCAUUGAGUUUGACGGGGUGCAGUCAGGAGGGGAUGAUAGGGUUCUUGUAAUGGGAGCAACCAACAGACCUCAGGAGCUUGAUGAAGCAGUGCUACGGCGAUUUGCAAAGAGGAUCUAUGUGGCACUGCCAGAUGAACAGACAAGAUUGACGCUGCUGAAAAAUCUUUUGGGAAAGCAUGGGAAUCCUCUGAGCCAAAAUGAGCUGUCCUUGCUUUCAAAAAAAACUGCAGGGUACUCAGGCAGUGAUCUGACGUCAUUAGCUAAAGACGCCGCUCUUGGGCCGAUUAGAGAGUUGGGACCAGACCAAGUCCGAUGUAUGGCUGCGAACGAGGUGCGAAACAUCAAGAUAAAAGACUUUGAGGAUUCCCUCAAGCGCAUCAAACCAAGUGUUAGCCCAAGCACUCUUAACAUGUAUAUUGAAUGGAACAAAGAUUUUGGCGACACAACAGCUUUUUGAACUUUAUAGUUCAUUGGCCCCUAUAAAAAAAAUUUAAAAAGUGCUUGAUUUCAAUGUUUUGCUAUGUUUACAAAACAUAGAUAAAAUUACAAAUUGUAUUGAAAAAAUCUUUCUAUGUACAAUGUAUAAAUAAUGACAUUUAUGACAUUUGGAAGCAAUGUGGGUAAAUUUCCUGUUUUAUGGAAAAGCUUUGCUAAUAAGGUUCUUUUGAGUUUCUUUAGUGUAUUCUAUUACUCCUCAAACACUGAACUCGAACCUUGAAAGUGAAUUUAUUUAUUCUUAAGAAUGUCCUGCAAAAUUACAAAUUACCUUUCUCUCGCCUCAAGGGGGCAGAAACUUUCUGUAAAUCAUAACAUAACCACACCAAUUAAAGAUCAUUUUCCAUUAGGUACCUGGUGUAAUGACAUGUUGAUAGUAUUAAUCACCAAGUGCUCUGUGUACUUAUUAUACACAUGGAAGAGUGACUAUGAUUGAUGCUUUUGUAUAAUAAGAGGGUUUUUUUUCUUUUCAUUUGCACUUAUUGUUUGAAGUUAUGAAGUCUGAACUUGUAUUUGAAAAUAGGAAUGAAUAACUGUUUCCCAACACAAUAAUUAAAUUCAUAGGGACUUUUAGAUUAAAUGUAAUGACCUCCCACUUUCCUAACACUUCAAUAAACACAUCCAUCAAA